AUGGCAGAAGCGGUGAGUGACGACCCUGAAAACACACACAAAGUUAAACUUAAAGACACUCUGACACGGCUGCCUCCACGCUUGGACAUUGAGAGGUUUAAUAACGGUGCAGUCGAUGAGCGGAUUGAAUCAAAACAAAACACAGCCUCACCUUUUACAGCUGAGAUCAAUCCUUCGACCAAACGCAGGCGAAUCCUGGACCCAUCGGCAAUCGUCUCUGUGCCCAUCUACUCCAGCAAGGUUAACAACAGUCUGAAGAUGAAGGCUCCAGAGUUCAACCACAAAUCCACAGUGGAAGAUGCUGAUGCAGACGACAGGUUCUUGUCUCAUUUCAACACAAAGAAACUUCCAGUGGUGACUCUGAGUGACGAAGAGGAGGAGGACUCCCCAAAGCAGACCAGGUGUCAGAGUGGCCUGCAGCGCUCCCCUUCCCCCCCUCCUCCACAGAGUCUGCUCCAGAAGCCGUCACGAAAAGCCAAGCGGAAACUCAAUGAGAUCGCCCGCAGACUUCAGGAGGUGAACUCUCUGCUCGGUUCAGAGGUCGUCAGCAGCAGCAGCAGCAGCAGCAGGAGGCGGCGGUCGCCGCGGAUACAGGAUAAGCCUCCACAGACACAGACGACGAGCGAGGUGAUAAUAGUGACUGAAGACGAGGACUCAGGUCUGACCUGGUCUCCAGCCGGGUCUCCUCUGGAGUCUCCUCACAGACCAGACCCUCUGAGACCCAUCCCCCUCAAAGUCCGCUGUCGAACUGACCUGCACAAGAUCCAUGUGUCACCGGCCACGCCCCUCUGUGCUGUCGUGGAGCAGCUCUCCGUCAAACUGGGCAUCCCGUCCCCUCGGCUGCUGCUACAGCGAGAGGAGGCGGAGCUUAGCACAAACGCCACAGUGGGAGAACUGGGACUAGGAAUCGCAGACAUCCUUGAGUGCGUAGUGAUGGCGGAGGAGAAGGACACGCUCACAGACACUGAUGUCAUCACUGUGCGACUCCAGGGAAAAGAGCGCAGCGCAGCGCAGGAGUUCAGCUUGAGCAGGACCUCCCCUUUGGCCUCGAUCUUCUCUCGGUUUGUCCUCAGCUUCAGUUCAACUCAAACUAAUGUCAGUUUUCACUUUGAUGGAAACAAACUGAGCCCUGAGCAAACGCCAGAUCAGCUGGACAUGGAGGACGUUCCUCCGCUGUCCCCUCGGCUGUCUGCUCCUCCAGCCCCCGCUUCGCACCCUCACACACGGGCAUGGGUCUGUUCUGAGCUCCCGGUCCGCCACACGGGCCCUCACACUCUCCUGAAGCCGAGCAGAGGCGUCGGGAAGCGGCCACUGAGCUGCGCCAGUCUCCGCUGCAAGCACGUCAUGGCAGUGGAGUCGGAUGCUGCGCCUUUUCUCUCUGACGACAGUGAAUCAGAGGCUCAGGAUGAGACAAGGGUGGAGCCACAUGGAGAGGACCAAUCAGCGAGUGGCGUGUCGUCUAAGAGGGCGGUGCUUACGGUCUUCAUCUUGUGUUACAUCAACCUGCUGAAUUACAUGGACCGCUUCACUGUGGCAGGAGUCCUUCCUGACAUUGAGAACUACUUUCUGAUCGAUGACUCGAAGUCGGGACUCCUCCAGACCGUGUUCAUCUGUAGUUACAUGUUCCUGGCGCCCGCUUUUGGUUACCUCGGCGACCGCUAUAACAGGAAGUACAUCAUGAGCGUCGGAAUCUUCUUUUGGUCUCUAGUGACGCUGCUGAGCUCCUACACACCCAAGGAGCACUUCUGGCUGCUGCUGCUGACUCGGGGCCUGGUGGGAGUGGGAGAAGCCAGUUACUCAACCAUUGCUCCGACGAUUAUCGCAGAUCUGUACGUGAAACGGCAGCGCACAAACAUGCUCUCUAUCUUCUACUUCGCCAUCCCAGUGGGCAGUGGGCUGGGAUACAUUGUGGGCUCUCAGGUCAGUCAGGCAGCUCACAACUGGCACUGGGCUCUGAGGGUCACUCCCGGUCUUGGCCUGUUGGCGGUAAUGUUGCUCCUUUUUGUGGUGCAAGAGCCUAAACGUGGAGCAGUGGAGGCUCGACCAGAGGAGCAGCUUCACCACACGAGCUGGAGCCAAGACCUGAGGAACCUAAGCCACAACCGCAGCUUUGUUCUGUCCACUCUAGGCUUCACGGCGGUGGCAUUUGUGACAGGCUCACUUGCUCUGUGGGCCCCCACCUUCCUCCUGAGAGCUGCCAUUUUCUCUGGAGAGAGGGGCCCCUGUCAAGACCAGCAAUGCUCCUCCAACGAGAGCCUGGUGUUUGGAGCAAUCACGUGUGUGUCUGGUGUUGUGGGCGUGGCCUCUGGCGUCCAGCUGAGCCGCUAUCUGAGGAGGUUCACUGACAGAGCUGACCCUCUGGUCUGUGCGGCCGGUCUGCUCUUGUCUGCGCCGUUUCUCUACCUCGCCAUCGUCACCGCCGAGAGGUCCACUGUGGCUACAUAUAUUUUCAUUUUUCUCGGAGAAACGUUUCUGUCCAUGAACUGGGCCAUCGUCGCUGACAUUCUACUGUAUGUGGUGGUCCCGACGCGCCGGUCCACAGCUGAGGCUCUGCAAAUCGUUGUGUCUCAUCUCCUCGGAGACGCUGGCAGCCCCUACCUCAUCGGAGUGGUCUCGGACUCCCUUCGCAGACAGCCUUCGUACCUGUGGCAAUUCCGGUCGCUGCAGAUUUCUCUUCUGCUCUGUUCUUUCAUCGCCGUCAUCGGAGGAGGAUUCUUUCUGGCCACAGCACUUUUCAUCGAGACGGACAGGAAGAGAGCAGAGGACUACAGGCCCUCAGACGAGCCGAUUGUUGUCCCUAAAAGUGGGCGUUCCACCCGUGUCCCUGUGUCCAGCGUCCUCAUCUGA